UCAAUCACUCCAAACUCCAAACUAACCCAAAAUAUAUACCAUAUAUCAUACAUAAUAUUGCAAGGAUGGAUUGCGAUAAUCCCAGUUUAGAGGACCAGCGCGAGCGAGUGGAUAAUGCGAUCGUGACCGCCAUGGAGGAUCUGGAUCGGGACUAUCUGCGGAAGCUGCAGAUCGAGAUGCACGCCUGUGCGACCGCCUGCUGUGCGGAUGCGGAUGCGAAUGCGGAGGCGGUGGAGCGGUGCGUGGACCGCUGCCAGAUCCGCUUGACCCGCGCCCGCUGCUUCGUUCAGCAGGGCAUGUCCGACUUCGAGAAUCGCCUGGAGAAGUGCCUCCAGCAGUGCCGCCUCCAUGGAUCCUACGACCACCUGGAACGCUGCUCCAGCAACUGCGUGGAUAGCCACGUGGGCCUGCUGCCCGAAAUGCUCAGGGCCAUGCGAGACACCCUGGAAAAGGGCGUUUAAAAAGGUUCUAUU